CAAAUUUCAUCCAACUUUACAUUUAGACAGAUAUUUAUUUUGUCUUAUAAACCGUUGAUUCAAUUUGAAAAUAUGGUUUUUUCAAUCUCAAUGGAAUUGGUUCCUCAUUUUGACGCAUAUUGUUGGUAACUUUACAGAGAAAGUAUACAAAUGUUCCUACAGAUUUUAUGCAAUUGGUAUCGUUAAUGGAAAGGUUAAUCAUGACUUCCUAAUUUUGCCUUGUUAAAUACACAAUGAAAAUUGAAUGAUUAUCUAAAAGAUAGAAAUGAGGAUUGUUCUAUUUAUCUUUUCCAUUUUUCUCCAUUUAAAGACAAUACCUGAUCAACUUUUAUGUCAAAAAUAAAGUGGAUUAUCAUGUAAAUGUGAUCGAAGAUAAAAAAUAACAACUCAAUUGAUUAUACGCACCCAUUAUUCACAAGUCUGUUUGUUUGUCACUCAUAAUAAUUUGUGUAUUACAAUACUUCAGUACUUGCCUUAAACAUGUUUGUAAAAUAUCUCAGUAACUUUCUGUCAGACUUUCAUUAACCAAUGGAUUACAAUUUACUCACUGAAGCUGAGGUUCAAUACUAGUCAACUUAAUUUAUUUCAACCAUAAUAAGAUUUUUAAUUUCAACAAAAUGACUGAGAUAAUUGAAAACGCUAUCGAUGCACAAUUAGUAAAAUCAAUUGAAGGGAUUCCCUUUGUUUGUUUGUUUUCAAUCUUAUGUUUUGGUCAAAAGCUCAUCGGUUUGAAACGAGAUGGACCCGAAACUUGUCUAAAUUAUGAUCACCCAAGUGGUUCAUCAAGUCUCAAAUGUUCAGCCGGAUUUAAAUUUGAAACACUAAACGAUACCAACUUCCAUACCGUGGCGAUCUAUGGAAAUCAUUAUUACGAUAGUGAUAAAUUGAAUAAACUUUCCGCUAAAAAUUUCAUAUUGAAAGACUUGAAACUAGAUAGUUCACAGGAAUGGGAAAAGAGUGGAACAAAAUUCGAAGUGCGUGAAAUGCGUCAGUCACUUACUCUAAUGGACGUUAAACUAAGUUCGUAUACUAAUAGACUGCACUUUUACCAUAUUUACAUUGAGCGCAGUGAUUUGUCAACGGUAGGCUCAAUCUCGGCAGCCAAUUUACCUCCUAAAUUGAGGACAUUAUCACUUGUUUCGUGCUUAAUCAAGGAUUUGCCUUUAGGUAUCUUCUCUCAUACAAAAUCUCUUGAAAUGCUAACAAUCACAAGGAAUUCAUUGACAUCUUUUAAGCCAAGUUUUUUCUCUAAAUUUGGUCUUGUAUCCCUUUGGUCUCUCGAUUUAAGUUUCAACAAGAUUGAUCAUAUUCAUGAAGACUUUGUAGUCUAUUUUCCAAAUCUCGCUGAAAUCAAUCUUCAGUCCAAUCAUCUCCAAAUAUUACCCGAGCAACCAUUCCUCAGGAAAUGGAUUGACAUUGAUAUUGUUAAUCUUGAUGCUAAUGCUUUGAUUUGUGAAAAAUUGCUUUGGUCAACUGGAUUCAAGCCUCACCCAAUUUUUUUCGAUUCAGCUGAAUGUAAUCUUGAAGAUUUCUCACAAAUUUCCUUGGGAUCAUUAUCGCGCAUUAAAUAAUUUCCAGUACUGGUUAUCUCAUUCCAAGAAUUAUUUUAAAGUCACAACUCAACACAUCAACUACAAUGUUACUCACUUGUUAGAUCUCAACAAUCAGCUGAAUUGCACUCAAGUUUGAAACAACAAACCUUGACUUGUCAACGGUUCAGCCAUUUUUCACCAUUUUCAUCUGUAAUCAAUCAUUUUUAUAUUCCACUUCUCUAAUUCACAUCAAUAUCUGAUUGUUGAAAGCUUAAUCGCCAGUUUUCGUCUUACAUCAAACACGUUGAAGCUUGCUGUCUUUAUUUGUAACCUUUCUGAUUGCACUUGAUUAUCAACUAUUAUUUUUUAAGAUGUCUCUGUGUUAUACUUCAACAAAUAUCUUAAUCACAGUUUUAUUAGACUUGUGGUAAACUUGAGACAUCCGAGAAUCGGUUUCAAUAAUUAUUCAUGACUCUAUCAAAGUGAUGUUUGAACCAUUAAUGAUCUUUUAUUGAUCUUUAUUGUAAGAUAUAAUUACUACUAAUCUUGAAAGUCAAGUGAUGAUAAUGAAAUGUAAUGAUGAAUCACACUGAACACUGAAUGCAUUAGAUAUUUAUGACGAGUAAAAAAAUGAAAUCACUGUUAAAUGUUUAAUACUUUUAGACCAACGUUAUUUAUUGUUGAACAAAUUGUCACCUUAGAAGAAAUCAGUCUUAAUUAUUAACCAAUUAAAUAUUGAAACUGAAUUGAGUGUUUAUGAGUUCAACUUUGCCCAAGUCUAUUAACCAAUUGAAGAAAAGGCGAUAAAUUUAAUCUAAUUUACCAAAUUAAUUGGUAACAAUCAGGUUAAGGAACGAUAAAAGUAAAAUUUUCCAGAUUUUCAUUUAUUUUCAGCUGUGAAUGCGUUUUCAAUGUCUACCGAGAAGCUUAAUUUGGAUUGAAAUAACUCUUCAUUUGAUAUUUCUUGGUAUCUGAACGUAAAUGAACUCUUCAUGAAACUCAACACUAUCAAAAGAAUUAACAAUAAUCUAAAGCUUAAAGAAACAUCUAAUAUUUUCUCUCCUACAAAAUAAUCAUUGAUUAUUUUAUGAUUAGACAUUAUUGGUUAUUCUUGGAUUGAUUCUUAUUAUUCAACAAAAAAUAUCAGCAAAGUGUGUUCUCUUGAAUGAAACAAAUUGAUUGCACUCGUAAUAUAUUUUAACUAAUAUAAUUAAAACAAUAAAGUAUUGAUUUGAUGUGCUUUACUUGAACCAACAAAAAUUAUUGUUUACACUUAUUUAACAUCAGACGGUAACAGUGGUGUAAGCAUUGCCACUCAUCAGGUUAUAACCAGAAAAACCGUUGUUAUCAUCUGUUUUACUUCGUUGCUUAUUGAUCAGUCUGUGAUACUAUUUUAAUAUGUUUUACCUUAAUUUCAAUUUUCCAAUUCAUCCCUGACAAACUACUGACCAUCAUCACAAUCAACAAAACAUGGGUCAUUUGAGUGAUCGAAAAAUUCUUUGUCUCUUUGCAAUUGUCUGUUUUGGUAAACAGAGGGAAAGCCCUUUCCUUGGUAAUGGUUGUAAAGCUUAUAACUUCAAUUCAAACUCAAUUAGUGUCCAGUGUGAAGAGGAUUACGAAUUGAAUGUACCUUCAACAGUGCAGAGCAUUCACACAUUGUUUUUGAAAAAAGUUUCCAACGAGUAUCUCACCAUGCAGUUGAUUGAUUUACCUUUCAAACAUCUGAUUAUCCAAGAAUGGGACAUGUCACAGUUUUACAAGGAUAACAGUAAAAAUUUCUUCAACUUGCAUCGACGACAAUCAUUGACUGUUUUUCAAGUUCACAAUCUUCGAGCCUUGCGAUGGGCUGAUUAUCAAUUUGAGCAAAUUCACAUUGAGAAAAGUGCAUUAACAAACAUUGGAAGCCAGCGACUCAGUGAUGUGGUGUCUAAGCGUUUAUUUUCACACAAAUUGAUUGCACUUUAUAUAAUUGACUGUGCAUUGCUUACUUUAGAUAAUAAUGUCUUUUCUCAUACACCCUACCUCAAGGUAUUAACCAUCAGCCGUAAUGUUUUGAGCAGCAUCAGUGUUCAGAGUUUCCCGCAAAGCUUAAAUCAUCUUUGGCUACUAGAUUUAAGUUACAACAAUCUAGUCUCUUUGGAUGGAGAUAUUUUCAAAAAAUUCCCAGCUCUAGUAGAGUUAAACUUGAAUGGUAAUCGUCUCAUAAAUUUACCUUACGACUUGAUAAAACCUAUCUGGUUUAAUCUCAGUUUAAUUCAUCUUCUUGGAAAUAAUUGGAAUUGCUUGAAUUUUUGUUGGUCUACGAAGAAAGAAUCAUUCCCUCAUCCAAUUUUUUUUGAUCAAACGACAUGUUCGCUCGACUAUUUCAAAGGUAUAAUGGUCGGAAAAAUGGACAGAUUCUUUCCUAUUUGUUUUUACAUUGGAACAAAACUCUGAAAAGACGUAAAAGAUACUCUGAUUUGAGUUGCUAAGAAUAAACCCACAUUAACAGAUAAGCUGGAAUCUAAAGCUAUUCGCAAAGCCUUGCAAGUGCCGAUGAAAUUCGCUGGAAAUUAUGAAACCAAAUCAAGAGAACAAAUUCUGAUAAGUUUUGUUAGAAUCUAAUACGAUCCAAACCUCUAAAGAGUGGCAAUGGAUGGAAAUGAAUCAGAUGAAAAAACUUGUGAUGUUAAUAAUACGAGAACAAUCUAUUAAUUAGCGAUAAUAAUUGUUAAUUGAUAUAAAUAUCUUGAGACAAACAGUUUCUCCAUAAAAUUUCAAUUCAAUCAAUCCAUAUUAUGACUAGUGUCUGAAGCAAUCAAAUUGUACAUAUUUUUUAUUGCCCGUUAUGGUUAUUUGCUCCAUACAAUAUAAUACAUAUUGUAUUUGAAGACAAUUAGGAAAUAAAAUAAGCAAUUGUAAGAUUGUAAUGGCUUUUUAUAUCUUUUGAUUUACAUCAUUUGUUUACAACUUUCCAAAUUAUAUUUUGACGAUAGCUAAAUGAAGUGAAGUGAAUAAAUCUGUAUAAGUCCAAGGGAAAUGGAAAGUGAAAAGUUGAAUAAAAACGAUAAUCAUGAUCACGAAAAAGUUAGCAAUUUAAGAAGAGAGUGAGAAAUAAUUGGUGAAGAUGUCGAUAACCAGAAAAUGGUUAACUGGUUUAGUCUUGUCUCAUAACAAAAUCUUUUGAUUUACAAUUAGUUUUUUGGUGAUUUUUAUUGUGAUUCGUUGAUGAAGUUGAUUCCUAGAUGAAUCCAAAAUUAUAAUAAAAAUCUCAUUUGGUCAUUCAAUUUAAUUUUUUUCAAUUUGCAUCCCCAUUUAUUAUUGUCUUUCAGAUCAAUUAAACGACCAACAUUUCAAUUAUUUACUCUCUUCUCUAUCUUAAGAAUCACUGUACAUUUAUAUUUAUAUAAGUGAAUUGUUGCCAUUGACACGAUUUUAUGAAUUGUAUGAGGUAAAAUAAAUAUUCAAGAAUGAAGGAAAUACAGUAAAAGGUUAAUAUUUGGUGAACAAGUUCAAUAUCCUGCUUGAUUGCAUGCUUAAUGUAUCCAAUGGCAACAGCAAAUUGUUUAUCUCUGAACCUCGAGUCUAGCUUGAUGUUUCAUUACUUGCAAGCAAAAGAUUUUAAUGUUUUCACCUUUUCAGUAUUGAAAGAAAGAGAUGAAAGAAGAGAAAAGUGAAAAAUCAAUUUUUUGUGCAACAACAUGAGAAACAAUGUCUAUUUAUAAUAAGGUUAAUCAAAGUAAUUGUAUCAACAAUGGACCAAAUUUACCACCAGUUAGAAAAGCUCGGCCAAGUUCAUCGACUGAAAGAAGUUCUUUGAAUAAAGUGUUAAGCAGCCAACGUAAAAUGAGUCUGGAGGCUCCCAAUCAACACCAGUCACAAGAUCUAUUGCUUAGGACACCCAACAAAUCGUCUGGCCAAUCAAGAAGGUAUGAGAAGGAAAAGUCAUGUCCUCGAUUGAAUAGAACGUUCCGAGGUGAUUCAGGUGUCAUGGAAAUCUGCUCCAAAGUUCGUGUUAAACCAGAAAGACAAAAUGAGUUGGUCAAGAUUAUGAGAUAUAAUGAUCCCUAUCCUGGUGAUGAUCCACUCCUUUUGGAGGGGUCGAUGUUACUCGAAAGAUUUGACCAGUCCAUUGAUUCAAUUGAGGCCAAGCAGUCCAGUCAAUCUUGGGUUACAUUGGUCGACUGUAAAUUGAAGCUGCAACGACUUCUUUUAGAGAAAAUAAAAUCUAUUGCCGAAGAAGAUUGUAUCACUUUAAUUCAAGAAGGCCAUUCUUUUGUUAGACAAAUUGAAACUAUUUACACGGAAGAUCAAUACAAAUUAGAGACUGCUUGCAAUUUGAUAAAUUUACCUGAAAAAGAUCGUAAAAUUGCUCUGGAUGAUUUCAUCAUUACUAGUAAGAAACGUAAACGACUUCCAGAUGAAACACAGAAUCGCUUCAAUUCAUGGAUUGAUAAUCUCAACAAUUGCCAGAGACUAUUAAAUAUCAAUUAUCGUAUUCCUAAGGAAAGAUUGGCCGUUUUGAUGGUCGAGAAAACUGCAAUUAAAUUGGAAAAAAUCAAAGUGACAAUUCUCCAUUGGCUUGCCUUGACUCUCACCAUAAACAUAAAGAUAAUGGCAAUCUAUUGGGAUCAUCUCCCUUUUGAAACGCUCAAUGAUGUGUUCAUUUCGUGUUUAACAUUUAAUCAAAUUUGGCCAACAGAAUCAAUCGAUCCAAUCAGUAUAUUGUCCUUAACCCAAGCAGAAGCCGCUUCAACUCGCAUCUCUUUUUUAAUACAAAGUGAAGCCAAAAAGAUAACAUCAGCCAAACGUCGAGCCGAUCAACUAAACAACGAGGAAAAAGCUACUACAGAUCCAGUUACAGAUAAAUUGAUAAUCUUACCAGCUUUAGUACCAAAGGGUAAAAAAGUAACAACAAUCAAUCAGUCAUCUUCAUCAGCACUUUCUCCACCCAAUCAUCGUCUUAAAACAAAGCUUGAUUCCGGAUCAACAUCUGAUUAUUACACUAAUAGUACAACAAGUAGUGUAUCAACGGAUAAAAAUUGUAUUUUGACUCAAUCAGGUGAAUCAAUUGACUUAGCAUCUUAUUUGUCAAUUGUUUUAUCUUCAUCACAACGGAUCGUUCUCAAACUAUCAUUCCUAUUGCAAACUGCAUCAAAUGAAUCAACAAACAUUUCCCCUUUAUCAUCUUCAUCAAACACCACAAUCAAAUCCCAUAAUAAACUAAAUCAAAGUAGUUCAUCGUUGUUAGGUCCAUCAACAGCUGCUAAAUCCAAUCCAACUCGAGCAACUUGGUCUAAAAUAAAAUAUUCAAGUGCUUCCAAUAAUCCUAUCCUAAAUUCAUCAAAUUGUUAUGACUAUCUUUAUUGGCCUGUAUUUUGGAAAAAUUUUGCCGGACAAUUAAUUGAUGAUAUAUUAUUUGCCCAAAACAACGUUUUAAUGACUUCAGCUUCAUCGCCAAUCUUUUUCACACCGAAAACCUUUCAAAAGCUAGUUUUUGCUUCGCUCGAUAGUUGUCUUAAAGAAAAUGAUUUUCCAUCCGAAGCUAUCAAGGAGAUUAAGAAAAUUUCAAAUGUAUUGAAUUAUCAUCUAACUGAUCAAAGCUGGUUUAAAACUUAUUUAGAUAUCUAUCGAAUCAAUUCCGAUCGGAAUAACCAAGUAUUUGGUCGUAACGAGAAUAUAAAUUAUGUUCCUGAUGCUGUAUGUUUGAUCAACAGUUUAAUUUCGAUAGUGAAUCAAGAGAUGGAUUAUGGAACCUUCGGAGUUUAUCAGAUUUGCUCAAUCAAACAAAUUGAUUCUCUCUUGAGAUUAAUGAUAACUCACACUAGUAAUCUAUCUAAUAGAAAACCCCUGAAAGAUUUAAUCCAAUUUUUCAAAGAUAUUCAGGUUCUGGACAAGCGAGUAAAAUCACUUUCACUGGACAAACAACCCUUUAGCCAUAAUGAAAUUUUGGGAUUGUUAAAUAAUAUAAUCGAGAUAUUGGAAGAAAAAAUAAUCAAUGGUACACAGAAAUUAGCACUACAGACUUUCGCUCAUAGAAUCAGUCAACAGAAAAACGCAGCAACUUCAAUUAAUCAAAAUGAGCCAAUCAUUCCAUAUGUGAAACGUCUUAUUAUGGAACCCAAUUUAGAAUUACUGGCUGAUUAUUCAAGAUCCAACCAUAUCAACCGACUGAAAACUCGAAUGAUAGCUAUUUUUGCCAAAAUUAUUUAUCAAAUUGUUAUUAAUGACGGACUCAAUAGUCAAAUUAGAUUGACUCGAAACUUGCGAGCGAUCCUCAGACAAGAAAUUGUUGAUUUUAUUAGAGACUAUGAUGGUUGGUUUAAAAGCAAUCAUCAACAAUUGGAUGAAAUCAACGACCUUCGCCAGUUGAUCGAUGAAUCAACCAAAUCAAGAGAGUGUUCAUUAUUCAAAAAAUUGAACAAAAUAUAUCCUAUUCCAAAUAAUUGGAGUGAAUCUCAAACAGUCAAUUUUACUAAUUUACAAAGGUGUGGAUGUUUUUUCUAGUGACUUAACAAUCCACCAAAUUUAAUUUAAAAAUUUAUCCUUUCACUUGUUUUUACAUAUCCAAUCGUGAUUGAUUGUUUUGUUUAAUAUCUAAAGAUCUUUUAUGUGGACUUAAUCUCAAAUAAAUCGAAAUUACAUAUUUUUUA